ACAGAGUAAGGUGGGCUGAAAAACGGCACCAUGAGUGAGUCUAAUGAAAUCAAAGAUAAUGUUGCAACCAGCCAUGAGGACAAAGAUGACGCCAGCUUCUCUCCUACUGAACCUCACAUGUCCAAAGAGUCCGAAAGUGUUGAGGUUCAUCAGCAGAAGAGAGUUGCAUCUCCAGUGCUUAGCUGUGUUUCUAUGAAGAGUGAUGCGUCAAUGGAUCCUCCAAUUAAAUUCCAGCAGGAAGAUCCAUGUCUCCCAGCAGAUUGGCUUGGUUCUUCCGCCAACACCCAUGUGUCCGUUCAGAGUAACUGGUCAAUGGAUCCACCAACUAAUCUCCAUAUGGCUGAUUCUGUCUUAGAGCAGCCAGUAGAAUUGCACACUCAGUCAUCCCAAAAGACACAAAUGGCUGCUAUUUUGAGGCAACUUCAACGCAAUGUGAUCACUUUUGUAAAGAAGGAGCUCAGAAAAAUCAACAGCGUUUUGGACUCUGAUCUCACAGAGUGUACAGAGAGUCAACCAGAAGGAGAAGAAGAUGGUCUUGAAGCCAAAGAAGCAGCAGUCAAAAUCACAUUGCACAUAUUGAAGUGUAUGAAGGAGCAAAGCCUAUUUGACAAGCUACUUCAAUUUCAUCAAAUUGAUGCAUGUCAGCAAAAGCUUAAAUCCAGUUUGAAGAACAGGAGCCAAUGUGUAUUUGAAGGGAUUGCUAAGCAAGGAAAUCCAUCCCUACUCAAGAAGAUCUACACAGAGCUCUACAUCACAGAAGGAGGGAGUGGAGAGGUCAACAAUGAGCAUGAGGUGAGGCAGAUUGAGACAACAUCCUGGAAACCAGAGACACAGGAAUCACAGAUCAAAUGUAAUGACAUCUUUAAAGUCCUACCUGGGCAAAACAAACCCCUCAGAACUGUGUUGACUAAAGGAGUUGCUGGAAUCGGGAAAACAGUCUCUGUGCAGAAGUUUGUUCUGGACUGGGCGGAAGGAAAAGCCAAUCAGGAUGUUCAUUUCGUGUUCCCAUUGCUUUUUCGGGAGCUUAAUUUGAUUGGCAAAGAGGAGUACACUUUGGAGAAACUUGUUAAUUGGUUCUUCAGAGAAAUUGAGGGAUUCAAACUUUCAAACUUUGAGAAAUACAAAGUCAUAUUCAUCUUUGAUGGUUUGGAUGAGUGUCGACUACCUCUUGAUUUUAGGGACAACAUACGGUGCUCUGAUAUAACUGAAACAGCCUCAGUGGACGUGCUGCUGACCAACCUCAUCAAGGGGAAUCUGCUUCCUUCUGCUCUCAUCUGGAUCACCUCUCGACCGGCAGCAACCAGUCAGAUCCCUCCCGAGUGUGUCGACCAGAUCACAGAAGUACGUGGGUUCAAUGACCCUCAGAAGGCAGAGUAUUUCAUGAAAAGAAUACCUGAUCAGAGUCUGGCCAACCAAAUCCUCACACACAUCAAAUCAUCUAGAAGUCUGUACAUUAUGUGUCACAUCCCAGUGUUCUGCUGGAUUUCAGCCACUGUUCUAGAGAGAAUGUUGGGUGCCAAAGAGAGUUGCCACAUCCCCAAGUCUCUAACUGAAAUGUACACACACUUCCUGAUUUUCCAGACAAUACAGAUGCAGGAUAAGUACAGGGAACUACAUCACUCGGAUCCACACUUGACUAGAGACAACAUUCUGUCACUUGGAAAACUGGCCUUCCAGCAAUUGAGGAAAGGUUUUGUGAUCUUCUAUGAAGAAGACCUGACAGAGUGUGGCAUUGAUGUCAAGGAUGCAUCACUAUACUCAGGACUGUGCACGCAGGUCUUCAGAGAGGAGUUUGGCUUAUUCCAAAGGAAAGUCUUUUGUUUUGUGCAUCUGAGUUUUCAAGAGUAUCUUGCAGCUUUGUUUGUUCACCUUCACUGGUUUACAACUCAAAAGACCAGCAGCGAUGAAUUCAAUAUACCAAUUCAAGACACAGACUUCGGAAAGCUCUGCAUGGAUUCAUCUCUGUUUGACCUACACAAGAGUGCUGUAAAUCAGGCUUUAGAGUCGAGGAAUGGGCACUUUGACCUUUUCCUCCGCUUCCUCCUCGGCCUUUCACAGGAGCGCAAUGAGACCUUGUUUCAACACCUUUCAGUACAAAUUGGACACAUUGCACACAGCAGUGAGGACACAGUCACGUACAUAAAGGAUAAGCUUGGGACAGGUCUUAGCUCAGAGAGGUCCAUCAAUCUAUUCCACUGCCUCAAUGAACUGAACGACCAUUCUCUUGUCAAGGAAAUCCAAACCUUCCUUCACUCUGGAAGACUUUCAAUGGAGGUACUUUCAAAUGCACAGUGGUCGGCUCUGGUCUUUGUGCUGCUCACCAGUGACGAGGGACUGGAGAUUUUUGACUUGAGAAAAUUCUUCAAAUCAGAUGAUUGUCUUUUCAAGCUUCAUCCCGUUGUCAAAGUCAGCCGGACUGCCAUAUUGUCCUCGUGUAAACUGACGAAGAAAAGCUGUCCAGCUCUGGCUUCUGUUCUUGAGUCCAAUCCCAAUGUUCUGAGAGAACUGGACCUGAGUUUCAAUGAGCUUGAAGACAGAGGGGUGAAAAGUCUCUGCUCUGGGCUGAGGAGUCCACAUUGCAAACUAGAGACACUAAAAUUGGAGUUUUGUGGACUCAGAAGAGACAGCUGUUCAGCCCUUGUUUCUGCUCUUAGGUCAAACCCAUCACAUCUUAAGGAGCUGGAUCUGAGCUACAAUAACAUUGGAAAUGAGGCCGCAACCUGGCUUGUGGGUUUAUUGCCUGACUGUGGGCUGGAGACUCUCAGUCUUACAAGCUGUGGGAUCACAAAGGAGGCCUGUGCUUUCCUCACAUCUGCUCUGAGUUCAAAACCAUGCCAACUUAAGAAACUGGAUCUGAGUGAUAACAAACUUUGGGACUUGGGAGUUGGGCUGUUUUCUGGUUUACUUGCAAACCCGAACUGUAACCUCGAAGAGUUGAGAUUAGAGAGAUGCAAUUUUACAUUUAGAAGUUGUGGAUUCGGUAUGGAGCACUCUCGUCUCACAGCUCUAGAUCUUUCUGACAAUGACGUGCAGGAUUCUGGGAUGAAGAAACUCGCGAACUCACUGAAGAAUCCAUCCUGUAAACUUCAGAAAUUAAGGCUGUCGUGUUGCAGACUGACCGAUAAGGGUUUCUCAUCUCUGGCUUCAGCUCUGAGAUCAAACCCCUUCAGCCUGAAAGAGCUGGAUUUGAGCAAAAAUUUCCCUGGAUGCUCUGGAAUAAUGCAGCUUUUUACAGUCCUUGGAGAAAAGAUCUGUGCUCUCGAAAAGAUCUGCCUGGACUCUUGUAAACUCACUCCAGAUAUGUGUGGGCUAGUGGCUAAAGGUCUAAGCCAAAACUUCAGCCUGAAAGAGUUGGACAUGAGCAACAACAGUCUUGAAGAUGAAGGCGUUCGGUUGCUCUGUCUCGGACUACAGGAAGGCAGUUGUGCAUUGAAGAUUUUAAAGUUAUCCAACUGUGCUCUCGGUGACAGCAGCUGUCAAUACCUGGCAUCAGUUCUCAGUUGUCAGUCCGUAUCUGUUGAACUGGACCUUAGCAGAAACAGCAUCAGCCAGGAGAUGGAGCAGUUUCUGAGUUCUAUAUCAAACAUCAAUCUUUUAUUCUAGUGUCGAUGCAAGUGUAGUU